CACGGAAACCUCGGGGCCCGCUUCUGGCAGGACCGUGUUGUUUGUGACAGCGAUGAAAAGAACACAACAGGUGACUUGCGCAAGACUGCACGAGGGCACCAUUUACAAGCAUUCGCUUGACUGGAACCACUAUGCGCUCUGUAAGCGAAUACUGUGGCUUCCCACGCAUCAAGAUAAACCUCACCGUUUGGCUCAUUACCACGGAAGCUUUACACGGCUGUAACAUCAUUCAAAUGCUGCAGGCAUUUCGUCAAGAGUACCAGAGGAAUACUGUCUAACAAGCUAAAGAUCGUGCGUUGCCAGUUCCUUAUUUAUUAAUUCGUGGAUAAAAGAACCAUAAUGGCAACAACGAAUACGAAAGUAUCCAUGAAAUCACUACAAAGAACAUCCAAUAAGGAAAUGCCUAGAGCGUCCCAAAUGAAUGAAGACGCCGUAUUGUCCUUACCGAGCCCUAAACAAAAGCCCCCUUUUACUGUCGCAGCUGCAAAGAAAUCCCAAACCGAAAGAAGCAAUCAGGAGGACUGCAAAGGUUUAUCAAAGCGAAAUCUUGUGCCGCCCCCAAUUGUUACAAUAACAGAGACUAUUGACAGACCUGACAUUGAAAAGCCUAUCAGUAAUGAGAAAGACCACAGUGAUGAGAAGUUUAUACGAAAGCCCUUAAAGCUGGCUCCACUGGACCUCCCAGAUGACGUGAAAAAGUCCCAGCUUGAAAAAAUUGCCGUCGGAUACAAGGUCGACGUUUCUCGCCCGGGGAAUCACAUGCCCGGGAGCGACUUGUCAAAAGCAUUCCAUGCACAGCGAAGGACUCUGGCUCCAUUAGUUUUGGACACGAUGGAAGAAAUGAAACGUAAGGAAAAGGCCUUGUUGGUUGUCCCAAAGGAAGAGACGAUUUUUCAAAACAAGCGCCACCUCGGCGCCGAAUUGAUGCCAGCGAGCAAAAGUCACUUUCUCCCGCAGAAGUCGGGGCCUGAGUUUUCACCGGGCGUUAAAACAGCGCGUGAAAUUAGAUUUCGGGAACCGCGUCAGAACGUUAAAGCUUGCGUAAAUAACGCAGCCGUCCCCCGCGAUGGUGCGCAUAGAUCUGACGCAUCACCAUCCCGUUGCAAAUUGGAGAUAGAGCGGGCGGGUCUCAGACAGGUUUCUGAAGCGACGAGAACCUCUGUGCAGCGAGUGAAUGCCGCCACUAACCCGCCAAAGACCAAUCGAUUCAAAUCAGUCGGGAAUAUAAUUGAGAAUCACACCCACUUCGAAGGGAAAGCCGGGUCAUCUAAGCGUACAGAAAGAGUCCUCAGCAAUGCAAAUAAACUGUUGGAGACGUCAUCAAAAGCACAGCUUGUCAAAAAGAACGGCGAUCAUGCAAAUUAAUCUCCAACCAGUGGAAGCAUCUGAAGACGAAUCCUAAUAGUUGCAGAAAACCGCGCUAAAUUGAUAACGUGAUUGUUUUGGUGCAUUUGCACAGUGCGCUCAUGCCACAGACAAAUCGAAUGUGCGUCAUGUUUAAAUUGACUGUUUAUUGACUUGACUUUGCUUUAUUUUAAAUGUUUGUUUAACGUUCACACGAGAUUAGUUUAACGUGUAUGCGUGUGCGUGUGUGAAACACAUGAGCGGUAGUGUAGCGGGUUAGCGCACUGCGCUACAAAAAGCCGGGAAUCAAAACUGGCGAGCCGGGUUUGAUUCCCCCUGCCAGCUAACACCAGUGACAAUUAUCUGAACCGGUCUCUGGGGCUUCCGUUAGUCGACUCAGCCGCGAAUGAGUAGCUGCUGGUGUGAUAUGUAAACAUGCUACUGAGAAGACAAAGGAAGCCAGGCGUGGUGCUGGCCACCCACCCCCUCGUGAAGCCUUGCCGACCUUCAUUGGUGCUCGCUAACAGCACUUGCCCCAACAGUCUGCUAAGGCUAUACGGGGGAUCUUUGGCUUUUUCAUUCGUGAGACUUGUUGUCCAAUGUUACAUGGACUUCGUGAAAAUAUCGUCUGGUAUGUAAAUGUAUCUGCUGCUGUAAAUGUUUUCACAAAUAUAUAUUGAACUAUUAAUAUCUGAAAUGCAAUAUACGUUUUUAAUGAUUACUUUUAGAAAUGUUUCGAUUUUUAAACUGCAAUAUGUCCAAUUCACAAAUUUACAUCAGUGUAUGGGUCGUGUUGGCUAUACACACAGGUAAAGUUCAUGUUUGUCCUACCAUAACAAAUGCUUUUCUUUGUUCCUUGAGCCCACUACAUCUACAUACCUCAGAUUAGCACGGUUAGCUACGUAGAGUGCGAAAUAAGUUCAACAUACGUACAUCUCCAGUACAAAUGUGAACAUAUUCU